AGCGAUUUCAUCUUUCUUACCUUUUGGUUUUGUGCACGUCUCUCUUUUCUUUUCUCAAUGCAGUUGUUCAUCUAAUCAACACAUGUCAAAAAUGACGACCACACAUCCCGCCGAGCUCAAUAGUGGUGUCUGGACAUCAUGGCUUCCAGUAACCACAGCCUGGUCCUCACAAGCGGCGUGCAACUCCGAAGCGUGGGCGCGAUACGGUAUCCAAGCCACGGAUGAUUUCUGGCCAUAUAUCUACGAUCCCGCCUACGCACAAUCGGUCGCCAACUCCGUGACUUGUCUUCCUCCGCAAGCGACAAGCUGGUGGGGAGGCGGGUCUACGGUCUCGGAAACCAUUACCAGCUAUAGUAUUGGACCAAUUGUGUGUCCUGCGGCAUAUACAACAUACAGCACGAGCAUUGUGUCUGGAUCAAGUACAUCUGUAAUAUGCUGUCCAACUAAUUACAACUUCGCGCGCAGCCUCAAUGCCAACGGCGGAAUCGAUGGCGUCUGCACAUCCGCCUUCACCUCCGGCCAAACUCUCAUCUACGCGUCGCCCGUAACGAACUCCUUCACCUCUGCCAUAACAACCUUUACCUCGCCAGCCCUCAUGAUUGCCGUGCCUGUCGAAGGCUACAACUUCGCCGCGUCCACAACCUCUUCCUCUUCGAGCGGGACUACACAGAGUACAGAUACAGGAGCGACGGGUUCGGGGCCGACUGCUUCAAACACAAACCCGCCCUCGAGUGGAUUGUCAAGUGGCGCAAAAGCGGGGAUUGGCGCGGGCAUUGCUGGGCUUGUGGUUGUGCUUUCGGCGUUGGGCGCCUUUUGGUUUUUCAGGCGGAGGAAGUAUCAGGCGGCUCCUGCGAGUGAACUUCCUGUGAAUGGAUAUGGAGAAAAUGGAGGUCCUAGUGGGGAAUAUAGAGGCGCUUUCGGGCCAGGUAAGAAUGGGACCCUCGUUGAGGCGGAGGCCAAACCCAUGACGCAGAGGUAUGAAAUCGAUACCAGCAGUUACAAACCCGUGGAGCUGGCUGGGUAGACAAUGCCGA